AUGGAUCUCGGACCGGGAAAACGCUGGCUUAUAAGGUCAUUCGUCGGAGUCAUGACAACAAAGAGCAAUGGCAUGACUUGCGGAACUUUCCUCCCCACGUUUGUCACUUCGACACAGAAGCCCCUGUCGGGUGAUGCUUUCCAAUGCGACCUAGGUAGUCGAGUCAGUCAACAUAGUCGACACGAGGUUUACGAUGCGAGCCACAAUCUUCCAUCCACUGUGCAUAUUCUCAGUGUCUGCCAAUCGUUAGCACGCAAUCGUGACCUAUCAAAGACUACAUCAUCUCGCAAUCUUGACUCCAUAUGUGAUUUGACAAGGGGCUUGAUCCUACCAAUCAGAGACAGCUUCGAGUUGACUUUGCCACACUCGACCAUGCCUGUAGCGGCAUCUGUGCUCUCAGGCAGGCAAAGCACUGAUUCUUUUCGUUCAUCGGUAGCAGGUCGAAAUUCGACUAUAUUUCGUCUUCUGUCAAGUUUGAGGUUCAAGGUCGGAUCUACAUGGAGAGUGGUGCAAUAUAGACGUGAGGAGCAAUCGCUCUACGCUCGCAACGCUGCUGUGGUGUCGCACAUAGAUACUGAUCGACGGUGGUUGGAGCAUCGUCCUCGCAUGCGUCAGACAGUGAAGAUCAGUGGUGGUGGAUUUUCCAGCACUGCGAACAUCUGUGAUACGCUUGUCAAUGACCUCACUGCCUCCCUUUCCUUCCUAUAUGUUCCCAUCUCGCCGGCCGAGUGUCUGUCGCAGAUCUGCCUCAUCGGUCGUUAUACUGGCUUCAACGAGCCUUCGUACGGUGUGAAUUUCUGCCUCGGCCGGAAGCAGAUGAAUUGA